GUAAAUUCACAAUUUGUAUACAAGUAGUAGAGGAAAUGGUUUCUUUCUCUGAUUGUUUCUUCGUUCUUCAAGUGGCUUUUUUGUUACAAUUUCUCGUAGUUUCAUCUUCGACCUUGAACUCCACAAAUACAUCGAUAAAUUAUGCGAGAUGCCAUCCAUCGACGACAAAGCCUUUUGUUUGCAAACGUUGAGCGCAUAUCCUCUUGCCGCUUCUGCCACUGGCUUGCUCCCACUUGCGGAAGUCGUGAUCCGCGGCAUUGACAUACCCUAUGCCAAGUUGUUGGUGAAAUCUGCAGACAGAGCAGCAGAAAAGGUACCGGCUCUGAAGGAACAGUUCAAGGCGUGCCGAGAUGCCUACUUUCUUAUAGUAAUGUCUCUCAAGAGUGCUGCUUCAGAACUCAAGAUAUCUCCAGAAACCGCUAACUAUGAUGCUAUGGUUUGUUUCGACCAAACAACCCUAGUGCAGAAAUUGAUCGGGAAAAACAAAGACUUGACUUCGAAGAGUCUCAUGGAGAUGACAUUGCGUAUGGAUAAGCUCAUUCGUCUCGCUAUUGGAGCCACCGAAAGCACCUCGGGGACGUUUCAGAGAUCACCUCGGGGCAUCACAUCAUCCACCUCGGGUUAUCCAUCUAAUCAGUUUAGGGUACCCGAGCCCGUCGCCUCGGGGGUACCCGGGCCCGUCGCCUCGGGGGUACCCGAGCUCAGUCACCUCGGGGUACCCGACCCUAGUCGUCUCAGGUACCCGAGCCGAUCUCCUCGGCGCCUCGUCAUCCUGCCCCGAGCAAAACACACCGAUCGUCACCAGGCAGCCUCCAAGCCACCCGAGGCAAAGUCAUCAGUCACCCCGAAAAGAAAAGCUGACGAUCAAGAGAAAGCUAACAAGACCUUGGCGCUGCAAAUCGAUGAAAUCGCAUCCCGUGGGCAAACACAAAACCACGCGUUUCCAGACUCGACCGCCACGAGCCCGGAGGGACUUACCUGGCCUCAACCCGACGAGACUCACGUUCGCGACGCCGACAGGAUAACACCAGAGCUGCAACCCGAGCCGAUCCUGCCAGACGCGAGGAUCAGGAUGAUCCCACCGAGCCAGACGCAGUGGACCCGACAGACGAACCGGACGAUCCACAAAACGAGCGUACCCGAGCUGGAGCUAACUCUGACGAACGAACCCGACCUCACUGAUGACGAGGAAACUGAAGAAAACAUAAGAUGGGCCGAAGAAAUCCGAAAGAGAAGACGAGCUCAGCAAGAUCCGAGCCUCCCUAGCCAAGGCGGAAGCCUGAUAUGAAGCUCGUCAAAACCCAGAUACAUAGCGUUUC